UCAAAAUUAAAACAAGCAAUAGUAUGAGGUAUGAUUAGGUACACAAUACUUCAAAAAAUAAAUAAGCAGUAAGAACCAUCUCUUUGAUCAAUGAAGAGAUGUAACUAUAGAUAAGUGUCUCGCUAAAGGACACGGUGUCAUGACGAGGAGUCAAACCCACACCCUGAUGACUCGGCCACCAGAACAUUGUACAACAUAAAGGAACAUUCUGUAAGCAGAAAUAUCUCUUUACAGGCUUCAUGGUAGAAAACGGUUUAUAUUUACCAGUGCUGUAAUGAGCGAUUGCACCACGUGAUGAAGUUAAGCAAUAAACCAGUCAGGCGUGACCGGGGCGUGCACCAAGCACCAUGCAAGCCCUGGCCACGCCAGUCCUAUUCAUGAAACCACAGUGUGCUUGUGUGCUCCUCUCAACCCCCAGGCUUCAGCGGUGCGACUCACCUAUUCGUUGUAGCGAUGUCUUGAGUGGUGAGGUUUCUGCUUCAAGCUGUCUUGGUCACAGUUGGUGGUCACAGUUGUUGGACCAUUGUGUUGUGGGCGGCAGACUUGAAGCAUGGACGGCAGACUUGAAGCGUGGAUGGUGGAAUGAGGAGCUGUGUAGAUAUUGGUUGGUUUUGGAUUCAUGCAAGAACGAGACCCUUUUUCCAUGUUUGAAUGACGGCAAGUGUGUCUUGGACAAGUGUGUGUGUCAGUCAGGCUUUUCUGGAAGUACAUGUUCAAAUUCAAGUGGGCCUACAAAUGUGGUUGUUCUUUUGCUUAUUGGUAUACUUCCUCUGAUUACUUGGACUAUUGUAUGCUGCUAUGGCUGUAGUAAUUUGAGAAAGACUAAGGCAAGACGUCGACUACGGCAGCUUCAAGUUGAAAACCAAGCUGGAUUGCGGGACUUAGCUGAUGGCAUCCCUUUACACGAUGAUCCACCUUGCUAUGACCAAGCUGUAUACUCCAAUCCAAUCACCAUCUCUGGAUUAGAUGAGAACACCGACUGGACAUUACAGGGUGAAGACACCCUCAUACCUCCUCCACACUAUGAUGAUCUUAAGUUCAUACAUAAACAUCUGAUGGAUCUUGGUGAUGGGGUUCAUGUGGAAGACGGAAGCUCCUCGUCCCAACAAGGAAGUGAGGUUAUCCAAGAUGCUGACACUAUUGAUGAGACGAUGUUGUUAGAGUCUGCAUCACAUUCAUCCUUUCUCGUAUCCACCGAUCCAUCACAGCCAAACAUAUCCACUGAUUCAUCACAGCCAAACAUAACGUCUGACGCCCCGUCAUUAAUAAACAAACAAGAGGUUGCACCUUCACAGCUUAGCCAGAUCUCUGGCAUUGAGGGGGAAGAGAUGGAUGAAAAAGAAGAAGGGAAUGAUACAAUUAAUGAUGAUGGGACAGAAGACAUUGAUGAAUGAUGAAACAAACCGUCUCUCCAUUCAAGAUGUCAAUGUGAGUGCAACAGAUGCUGCCACAGUAAAUCAGUCUGCUAUAAAUAUCAAGAGCACUACUAUCAACGCAACGAAGAUGAUCCAGGUUAAAGUAAACACACCUGUGGUGUACACCAUGCAUCUUUCUAAUAGUUAUGCAGCAUAAAACACCUGUUUUGUAUACCAUGCCCCUGUAAUUUCUGUGCUUAAUACACAACCAAACAACAUAAUUGCAGUUGUAAAUAUAGUGCUUCACAUGCUGACCAAGACUAAUUUCCAUGCAUUGCAUUUCACAUCUCUGUAGACUCUGGUUCAAAUCCAACUUUUGAUUGUGCAUUGCAUUUCACAUCUCUGUAGACUCUGGUUCAAACCCAACUUUGGAUUGUGCAUUGCAUUUCACAUCUCUGUAGACUCUGGUUCAAACCCAACUUUGGAGUGUGCAUUGCAUUUCACAUCUCUGUAGACUCUGGUUCAAAUCCAACUUUGGAUUGUGCAUUGCAUUUCACAUCUCUGUAGACUCUGGUUCAAACCCAACUUUGGAUUGUGCGUUGCAUUUGGUUGGGGGUGUUUUGAGCUCCUAUUGACUCAUGGUUUUCCCUAGUUGAAGUUUUCCUCUUACAUCUUAAACUGUAAAGAUUGCUUCAAGCUUCCUGCACAGGUAUUUUGAGGCCUUUAAAGUUUCUUUUUUUCCCGAUUACUAUUAUAAUGUAAUAUUUAUAGUAAAAGUUUAGCUGCCUUGCAUUCACCCUAAAUGGUAAGGAUAUUUUUUUUACCCAGCUGUAUCCAUCGAAGUUUAAUACAUCCAUGGUUUAAUGAUAAUCUAAGUGUCAGCAAAUCAAAUGAAUGUAUUUUUGUAUUGAUACACCAAUGUGUAACCAUUCGAUUGCCAUAUUGCCUAAUUAGGCAAUUAUAUUCAGCAUUUUAUUGCUUUGUUUGCUCACAAUAUAUCAACCCAUUAUGAGUACAGAUUUAUUUAAGAAUAUUCUGCGAUGAUAUUUUACUCCUAGACACUUAGGCAUGGGAAAAUAGGGCGGAAAUGUAAGAUGUCUCUCAUGCAUCAUCAAGGAAAACACUUUCAAUGUUUGAUUCACCAUGGUGCUAGUCCAAUAGUGUUCUUCCAGUUAUUAUAACCAAAUGAAUUCAGAUAGCCGGGUAAGUCGGGCUAUACUCUGUUUCUCAAAUGGAACUAGCACUACGAAGCCAAUGUAUUCAACUCCUGAUUAGAACACUACAUUCAUUGCUGUUUUAGUUUUUUGAAUUAGAAGUAUCGCAUGGAAAUUAUAGGAAACAGAUCAGUAGAAACAAAUUAAUUUGCAAAGACACAUAUGGAAAUGGGCAAGUAAACCAAUAUAAAAAGUUAAUUGAUUAUUUUUUGUUUGAAGGAAGUAUCCAAUUCUGGUGGGCCUUUAGAGUUGCAAUACUGUACUCUAGAAACAUCCGGAUGAGAACUGAUCAGGAUCCAAUUCCAUGGAGUCUGACCACUUUCUGGGUCAAUAUGACUUGGAAUAUUUGUCAUUUAGUGAAAAUGACUCCAACUUAUACACAGAAUUAAAGUUCAAUUUUGUCCUUAUUUCAUUUAGAUGUGUUUCCCCAGGCCAGUGCUUUAUAAUUUGUUCCAAGCCCUUCCAGGCCCCCUGGACCUGAAUCUGGUUCCAUUUUGACCCAGAUGUGCUAAGAAUACACUCAUCAUAUUUUAAAGUGAUGCUUAAUACAAUGUCAAAUACAGUUGGUUUUCUCUUCAAAUUAAAGGUGAAAGUAAGAGUUAUCAACAUGACUGAAUUGAAUUGUAGUGUAUUGCGAAGUAGCGUGCCCAAACAUUUUUGGUUGUUGCAUAAAUCCGUAUCCUCGUCAAAUCUGUUCCAGACUCUUGACUAAGAAAUGUCCAAUCUUUCCCACCAUAACAAGUUUUAACUACAGCUGGAACUGUCGUACAGACUGCAUUUUCAAACUAACAACAGGUUGUUUAUACAUGUAUUACUUUAUUUAACCAAUUUAAUCAAGUUAAUUCAACAUAUUUUUUUACUUCAUUUAAACAUGCAAUAAUUUACACUAACCUGAAUUAAUUACGUCUUUUAAAAAGAUACUUAUCGCAGGUUCUAUCACAUGGUGUUUAAAAUGGAAAUUUGUGAUUGUUACUGCGUAAAUAAUGAAAGGAAAUAAAUAAAUUAUUUUUUGAAAUUUUAUCAUAAAAUAGGGUUUGUGAGAAUUUAUGAAUGCAGAUUAUAUAAUAAAAUAGAGUUUGUGAUAAUUUAUGAAACAC